AUGACGCGGCUCCUUAAGCUAAGCUGCGAGCCUCGAGUCAUCUCGGGAGGGCCCCCUGUCCCCGCCCGGCCCCCUUGUCCCCGCCCGGCCCCUUGUCCCCCGCCCGGCCCCUUGUCCCCCGCCCGGCCUGCCCCGCCCGGUUGUCCGCCCGGGCCCCUUGUCCCCCGCCCGGGCCCUUGUCCCCGCCCGGCCCCUUGUCCCCGCCCGGGCCCCUUGUCCCCCGCCCGGCCCCCUUGUCCCCCGCCCGGCCCCCUUGUCCCCCGCCCGGGCCCCUUGUCCCCCGCCCGGCCCCCUUGUCCCCCGCCCGGCCCCCUUGUCCCCCGCCCGGGCCCCCUUGUCCCCCGCCCGGGCCCCUUGUCCCCCGCCCGGGCCCCUUGUCCCCCGCCCGGGCCCCUUGUCCCCCGCCCGGGCCCCUUGUCCCCCGCCCGGGCCCCCUUGUCCCCCGCCCGGCCCCCUUGUCCCCCGCCCGGCCCCCUUGUCCCCCGCCCGGGCCCCCUUGUCCCCGCCCGGGCCCCUUGUCCCCCGCCCGGGGCCCCUUGUCCCCCGCCCGGGCCCCCUUGUCCUCCGCCCGGGCCCCCUUGUCCCCCGCCCGGGCCCCUUGUCCCCCGCCCGGGCCCCUUGUCCCCCGCCCGGGCCCCUUGUCCCCCGCCCGGGCCCCUUGUCCCUCCGCCCGGGCCCCCUUGUCCCCCGCCCGGGCCCCUUGUCCCCCGCCCGGGCCCCCUUGUCCCCCGCCCGGGCCCCCUUGUCCCCCGCCCGGGCCCCUUGUCCCCCGCCCGGGCCCCUUGUCCCCCGCCCGGGCCCCUUGUCCCCCGCCCGGGCCCCUUGUCCUCCGCCCGGGCCCCUUGUCCUCCGCUGGGGCCCCUUGUCCCCGCCGGCCCCUUGUCCCCGCCUGGCCCCUUGUCCUCCGCCCGGGCCCCCUUGUCCCCCUCCCGGGCCCCCUUUGUCCCCCGCCCGGGCUCCCUUGUCCUCCGCCCGGGCCCCCUUGUCCUCCGCUGGCCCCUUGUCCUUCCGCCUGGCCCUUGUCCCCCGCCCGGGCCCCUUGUCCCCCGCCUGGGCCCCUUGUCCUCCGCGCGGGCCCCUUGUCCUCCGCCCGGGCUCCCUUGUCCUCCGCCUGGCCUCCUUGUCCUCCACCCGGGCCCCCUUGUCCCCCGCCCGGGCCCCUUAGCCCUGGCUCCCUCGAGCCACAGAUUUCACCUGACGCACGCCCACCCGGAAGUCGGGAUUGAGGAAUCCCACCGCCCACGUAGCACAGCGUCGGGCGUCGGUCGGGAGGGGGAGGCGCCCACAGGGAAGCGUCUCCGAGGCUCCCAGAUCAAGGGCGUGCCUCUGCCACCCGCCCGCCGGCCUCGGGGGCGUCCCUCGGAGGCUGGCGUCAUGCACGAGGCGCUGGGGGGCGAGUAG